AUGACUCCAAUAAUAGCUGCGCUUGCAAAGGAUCUUUUGAAAGUGCGUUUAAAACAGCAGGCUGACUACUUUCGAAAAACUCUUAGCAUGGAUUGGAUCAAAAUGAUCAAUAUCUACCUUCCCAAUGGCCAGUUCAGCGUGAAAGAGUGGGAUAAAGUUCUGACUAGUUUGCCCGGCAAGUUUAUUAUCUUAGGAGACUUCAACUGUCAUAACCCGGCUUGGGGGUCAAGCAGGCUGUCAGCAGGAGGUAGAGUGCUUUUGGAGUGGUGUAACAACAACAACCUUUGCAUUCUAAAUACAGGGAAGCCCACUCAUGUAAGUCCCGGAGGAAUCGAAUCCUGCAUUGACAUCGCUUUGUGCUCUGCCGAGCUUUAUGGUCAAUUGAAAUGGGAAGUUUCUCCUGAUCCCUUUAGCAGUGACCACUACCCUAUAAAAAUUAAGUUCGCAAAUGAUAACAACGCCUCUGCUGCUGGCAACCAGAGAAUAAUCGUUCGUUAUGACUGGAAGAAGUUCGCUACAGAAAGCAGUAACAGAUUCAGGGCUUUGCGCCCAGAAGAAAGGAACCUGGAAAAUUUCAACCGCAUCUUGAGCGCCACGAAAAAGGAGAACCUCAAAAAAAUUGCGAUUCAACGCAAAAACAGCUUCAUUCUUGGCCAGAAAAGAAAAUGUCUUAGACUCUCUAAAGCUCAUCUUUCUAUAGGAUACUGGAUCUCUUGCAAGAAAUGGAAUGCUUAUCUUAAGAGGGUCAUUAAUAUCAAGAGAAGGUUUUAUUGGGAAAAAAUUUGUAGUCAUUCCAGAAAGGAUGGCAAUUUAUUUAGGAUAGUUAAAAAUAUUCAAAAUAACAAAAGUCAGAUCCAGUUCUCUAACAAUAUCUUAAAGUACCAGAAUGGCCACGCCUGGUCACCUGAAGAGCAAAGUGUAGUAUUUGCUAAGUACUAUUCAAGAUUCACUAUUCAAAAGUUCAUUCCCCUGGAUUUUAGUGACGAAGAGAGUAGCUGUAUUAAUAGCCCCUUCUCAGGUUUUCAGCUCGAUAAAGCUAUCAGGAGCCUCAAAAACUCAGCUCCGGGACAAGAUGACCUUACAAGAUAUGCUAUCACAGUUUUAGCUGAUGACUGCAAGCAUGCACUCCUUGAGGCCGGCAACAAAACAUGGAAUUUGGGUCUUAUCCCUAAGAAUUGA